AUGGCGCCUGUCAGCCAGGCCUUUCGCUCUGCACCGCAGCCGUCAUCCUGGAGCUCCUUCCUGUCCAGCAUGAGAAAAGCUUGGCAGCGUCUCGAGGUGCUCUCUGGGUUCCUACAGCGCCAACAGGAUGCCCAGCGCAGCCGGCCAGUGGAACCCUUGCCCUGGCUGGCAUGGCAGAGGGAGCUCUCAUCCCGGGUGCUGGGCCCACGCCUCCAGCAGGUCUUCCGAAGCUAUCAAGCCAUGAACAAGUACCGGGUGCCCCCGGGGGCUGGGCAGCACCCAGGAAGCCCCCACCCAGCCGGAAUGGAGCUCUUGUGCCAGCUCAAGGGCCGUGUGGAAGUGACCACCCUGCUGGGUGACAUGGGCCCCUUUGCAGCGCCCCAGUGGAGGGGAGUGCUGCCCCAGAAGAGCCUGGCAGAGGAGCUGGGUCCCCUGGAGAAGUGUGCGGUGGUGAGCUCUGCGGGCUCUCUCUUGCGAUCGGGCCUGGGCAAGGAGAUUGACUCCCAUGAUGCUGUUCUUCGUUUCAACGGAGCCCCCACUGCUGGCUAUGAAGUCGAUGUAGGCACCAAAACAACCCUCCGCCUCGUGAAUUCCCAGCUGAUGGCUUCCCCUGAGCAGCAUUUUCUUGAUGGUCAACUCUAUGCCCAGGGAACCUUAGUCGCGUGGGAUCCAGCCCCUUUCCCAGGGGAUCUGCAGGAGUGGUACGAGGCCCCCGACUACCCUCUCUUCGGCCCGUUCCGCACCUUGCGUUCUCGCAGACCCUGGCAGCCAUUCCACCUGUUGCACCCGCGGCUGCAGUGGCAGCUCUGGGAGCUGGUGCAGGAGGGGGCAGAUGAGCAGGUGCAGCGCAACCCCCCCUCCUCGGGGCUGCUCGGGACGGUGCUGAUGAUGUCGCUGUGUGAGCUUGUCCACAUCUACGAGUUCCUGCCGUCGCGGCGCCAGACCAACCAGUGCCACUAUUACCAGGCCUUCUCUGACGACGCCUGCACCCUGGGCGCUUACCACCCUCUGCUCUUUGAGAAGGAGCUGGUGCGGCGCAUGAACCGUGGCUCUCAGGCAGAGCUGGCGCAAUGGGGCCGGGUGACGCUGCCAGGGUUCUGGGCCCUGAAUUGCAGUCAGCAGGAGGAGCGCCCUGCGGGAGCGGCACUUUGAA